ACACAUAUGGCAAUGCUUCUCUUGAGGGGAGCUUAGUCUCCUUGAGACGGGAAGCCAAAGCAGCCGCCGUCAUGUCGCUCAGCUGGUCGUCCAAAGAUCAAAAGAUAACGAACCAACCCGCCGCCGCGGGACAGAAGCGGCCGCGCAAUGACGCGGGGAACAGAGUGACGGUGGUGCUCGGUGCGCAGUGGGGAGAUGAGGGAAAGGGGAAAGUUGUCGACUUACUGGCGACUGAAGCUGACAUUGUCUGCAGAUGUCAGGGAGGCAACAAUGCAGGACACACAGUGGUCGUGGAUGGCAAAGAGUAUGAUUUCCACCUUCUCCCCAGUGGAAUCAUCAACACCAAAAGCAUUUCACUCAUCGGUAACGGAGUGGUCAUACAUCUACCUGGAUUGUUUGAAGAGGGAGAUAAGAAUGAGAAGAAAGGUCUGAGAGGCUGGGAGAAGAGACUGAUUGUUUCAGACAGAGCUCACAUUGUUUUUGAUUUCCACCAAGUCGUUGAUGGCUUACAGGAAACUGAAAGACAAGCACAAGAAGGAAAAAGCAUUGGAACAACAAAGAAGGGCAUUGGACCUGCGUACUCCAGCAAAGCAUCUCGAAUUGGUCUGCGUGUCUGUGACCUCCUGGGUGACUUCAGUGACUUCUCAACUAGAUUUAAGAACCUUGUUCGUCAUUAUCAGUCCAUGCACCCAUCCUUGACAGUUGACACUGAAGACCAGCUAAAGAAACUAAAGGAUUACGCAGAAAGAUUGCGCCCAAUGGUGAGAGACGGAGUUUAUUACAUGUAUGAAGCUCUUCAUGGACCACCGAAGAGGAUUCUCGUUGAAGGGGCGAAUGCUGCUCUGCUUGACAUUGACUUUGGCACUUAUCCUUUUGUGACAUCAUCAAACUGCACUGUGGGAGGGGUGUGCACCGGUCUCGGGAUCCCUCCACUCAAUAUUGGUGAUGUGUUUGGUGUGGCCAAGGCCUACAGCACCAGGGUGGGAAUCGGAGCCUUCCCUACGGAACAACUCAACGCUGCUGGAGAGUUAUUGCAGACGAGGGGUCAUGAGGUGGGCGUAACUACAGGGAGGAAGCGGCGCUGCGGCUGGUUGGAUCUCGUCAUUAUGCGAUAUGCCCACAUGAUUAAUGGCUUUACAGCCAUUGCUUUAACAAAGCUUGAUAUUCUGGAUGUGCUGGAUGAGAUUAAAGUUGGAAUUGCCUACAAACUCAAUGGGAAGAGAAUUCCUCAUUUCCCAGCCAACAUGGAUAUUUUGCACAAAGUGGAAGUUGAGUAUGAGACCUUUCCCGGGUGGAAGACUGACACAUCUACAGCCAGGAAGUGGAAUGAUCUUCCAGCCAAAGCACAGAACUAUAUAAGAUUCAUUGAGAACCACAUUGGAGUACCCAUCAAGUGGGUUGGUGUUGGAAAGUCCAGAGAGUGCAUGAUCCAGAUGUUCUAAACCAAACUUUGACUUGAAGAAAACUGUGACAAAAUGGGGCAUUUUUCCACCACAAACACAAUGUUUUCCUCAAACAAUAAAAAGAUAUCUGUCAAAUCUCA